AUGGUAGAAAAUUUAUAUAAAGGUGUGGUUUUCCAAGGAGAUCUGCGGCUGUGUUGGCAUGGAGUGCUGGAUGAGCAGUUCUUGCAGCUGCAACAGCUCCAUGACGAGAACUCCUCAAACUUCGUGUCGGUGGUCAUGACCAUCUACUUCCACGAGUCCGAGAAGCUCCUCCGCAACCUCCGAUUGCUCCUGAUGGACAGAGAGCUGUCGGACUACAGGAAGAUGGAGAUACACUUGAAACAGAUGAUGGGAGGCAGCUCCAGCAUCUGUGCCAAGCGCGUCCGGAACGUCUGCAUCGCCUUCCGCAGCGCUUCCGGGCAGAGCAACCAUGCCGGGUGUUUGAGAGCCUUGGAGUUGCUUGAACAAGAAUAUUGCUACCUCAACAACAAACUCCACGAACUUUUCCAGAUAGAGCAACAUAGAGCUUUGGCAUCUGGGGUUAGCUAUCCUGCACACCACGACUGA